AUGAUCGCAGGUCUCGACGGUAUCGGUGCGGAUAUCGCUGGUAACGAGUUGAUUGGCGCUGGCGCCAUCUCACCUCUACCAUUCAGUGCACCCUCAUCGCCUGACCUUACACCUACGUCACCAGCCUACGCGCCCACGUCGCCAGUAUACACACCCACAACCCCUACAUUCCCAGCAUACCCGAAAUCCCCGGCGUUUUCACCCACCUCACCGGGAUACACACCCACAUCUCCCACGUUCCCAGCAAACCCGCUAUCCCCGAACUUUUCACCCACUUCACCGGCAUACUCUCCCACAACUCCCACGUUCCCGACAUCCCCGACAUACACGCCCUCGACACCACCGCCCCAUGGUAGCCCAAUCCCACCCUGGCGCGAAGAGUCCUAUGCUGCUCCAGUGCAGAACCAGCAGCACAAUCCCAUCGUCAUCGACUCUGAUUCCGACGACAACGCAGGCUACGCCGUCCAGUUCCAGAACUUCGAGAACUUCAGACGCCAUGUCGCUGAUGUGCGGAGUCGAGCAAGAGAGACGCGCAGGCCGAGGAGUAUCAGAACGAGACGGGCCGCUACUGCUGCUGCUGCUGCUGAGAGGGAGCGUGUCAGUGAGACCACCGCUGUGAACGGUGGGACUGGUACCGCCAGGUCUCGCGCGCUGAACCGUCUUCUGGGUAACGGAAGGCACCCGUUUCAGCCUUCUGAGUACACCGCUAGCGCUGGCGCUGGCGCGUCUCCUGUUCCCAUGACCGAGAUGUUGGAACAGCGCAGCGAGCCGCAGGAGCGACGUCUAGGAAGCGAGCUACGACGCGCAAGCAGGUUCGAUCAACCCGCCUCGCGAACUGCUAACCACGCGAGCGCCCGCCGAGUUCGAGCCCCAACACCAUACAGACAGACUCCGAGCCCAAACAACUCAGACACGCCGAUAGACCUUACCGCAGAUGAGCCUACCGAACUCCCCGCUAUUCAGUCAGGUUCUGCGCGCGAAGCUGUUCGCAGCAGGCAGCUCGAUCGCCGCGAAGCUUCCUUGUCGCGUCGCGAGCAGGUGCUUCUUGAGCGGCAAUUAGCGCUGAUUAGGCGGGAGGAAGCGGUUUCGACGCAGGAGGACAAAGCAAACGAGAUGAUGAACAUGUUGAGGAGGCAUAGAGAGGAGCUGGAGGAGAUGGUUAGGAGGCACAGGGACCCGUAUUGGGAGUGA